AUGGCAAAUCUGGUGACUGACAUUUCCAUCGUGGCUGGUUGGAAUCCACGGAUCAAAGACUCGCCCGCUGAAGUGUUCAUUUACACAAAGAUCACUCCGCAGCCUGCCGCGAAGGUUUCUCUACUCCACCUCCAGAGCCUUGUUGUAAAGACAACCCUGUUGCGCAUUAUCCCGCUGCUUCCGGAUGGUACCAGCCCCCGUGAAUCCCCAGGAAUCCGUGCCUUAGGGAUCCCGGUCGUUGCUGGGAGGAACCGCACAGUUCCUCAGACCCCGGUCAAUCAGAGAAGAUUUAGUGAAGCCACACUGGAUGGUGUCGAAUCAGUCACUUCUUGUGACUCUCAAAAAAUCCCACAUGAUGGCGAAACCCCUCCUAGAGAGGCAGGAGAGAAGCAAGACGUAGGGGCCGUUCGAGGAAGGUCGGGGUCAAUUAGUCGCGGCCUGCUCAGGCCUAAACUCAUUUCUAGAUAUGACCUGUGCCACAGAUAUGAAGAAAGUUCUUCAGACGAGAGCACAGAAGACAUAUUUUCCACACCUUUCAAGAAGUUCGACCCUAGCAAAAUAAUAACUUUCCCCGGUUUUGGGCAAGGGCCUCGUGUGUGUAGCGGGGAGUUUAUGUCUUCCGAGUACUCUCGGCCGCUCUAA